AUGGAUACUAUACAGUCAAACACAAAUCCAAGUACUAAAGGAGACACAAUAACUUGUCUUAAGUUCAGCCGCGAUGGAGAUCUUCUUGCUAUUGGGGAUGGAGAAGGAAUUAUACAUUUAUUGAAAUCAGAUUUUCGAGAGGUUGGACAGAUUGAAGCUCAUUCUACAGACUUGGAUAGUUAUAAAAAACCUGUAGUGUCCCCUUGUGUCAGGAACCUGGAAUUUUUACAUAGCCAUGGCUCCAGGGCUUCUUUGUUUUCCUCUAACGAAAAAACUAUAAAACUGUGAAAAAUAUUUCCAGUCCACAAUAAAAUUACGGAAUUUAAUACCUGAGAAGAUGGAGAAAAGCUUGAAGAGGAAGAAUGGCUUAUUCCCCUCCCUAGGCAAGUAAAAAUAUUGUGUCCUGCUAAUAUAUUUUUUUUAAUAAAAAAAUAAUUAAAUUUAUUGUAAUUUUUUAGAUUGCAAGCAGUUAAAAUUCAAUAGAAUCAGCUCAAGAUUUAUUAUAAUAAUUCAUAUAUAAAAAAAUAUUAUAUAUUAAUUGCUCAAUAUGAAAAGAGAAGUUAGUAGAACACAUAAUAAAUUAAUUAUCCCAUCAAGAAGAGCUUCACAAGAGUCUUUAGAAUCGAAAUGUGUAACUCAAUUUUUGGGUGCUCAUCAAUGCUACAUAAACUCUGUUUCUUUGUGCUCAAAUUAUCAAAAUUUUGUAUCAGCAGACGAUUUAAACUAGAUUUAUCUAUAUGCAAAAAUGUUUAUCAUAAGCUCAGUAUUUAAAUUUAAUAAAAUCAAAAAAUUCAUAAGCAAAAUUCAGUCAAUUUUAUACAAAUUCCUAUUAAAAAUUUUUUUAUGAGAUAUAAAUCGAAACGACACAGCUUUUUUACUAGUAGACCAACGUGAGUCGGUUAAGCCUAUAAGUGAAGUAAUCACCUCUGUCAAAUGCCACCAAAGCAACUCACACAUUGUGCUGUGGACCAGCACAAAUGGAACUAUAAGAAUAGGCGAUUUACGAGACAGGAGUAUAUGUGAUAACCCUGCUGAAAUAUUUAAAUAUUCUUCUCGAUCGAAUGGCUUUUUUGAUGAGCUGGUCCUGGCUAUAUCAAGUGCUGAUUUUUGCCAAAGCAUGGACUAUAUAGUCGCUAGGGACUAUUUUACCGUGAAAUACUGAGAUAUGAGGAACUGCAGCAGCCCUGCUGUCAUUGUUGAUGUAAUGAGUAAUUUGCAAAGAGACAUGAACGAUUUAUAUCAGAGUCAAGACAUUUGUGCGAAAUUUGAGGUAAAAGAUUUUCCAAGCUCGGAGUACUGUGUGACAGGGGGGUAUUCGGAAGUGAUUAUGAUUAGCAGGAUGGGAGAAAUUUUGAAUAGAAUUAGUAAGUUAGUAAGAUAACUAAUAAAUAGCUUGUCUUCUGUUCUCUGAAUCUUACAUAUGAGAUACGAGUUUCUGCUUGGAGCAUCGGAUCGGCAGUUAUACGACUGUUAGAAUUUCUACUUGUCUCUAGCUUCAAAGAAAGCUCUUUUUUCGCUAGUCAGUGCCAGUGGAUAGUGUCUCUAUAGGCAAACUCACUCCACUUCACUGAGCCCCAAAUCAGAAACUAUCCUUACCAGAACACCCCAUUUUAUUUGUGUUGAAUAGAAUAAAUGUUACAGAUACUGAUGAAGAAAUUUUGCAUAUGGAUGUGCAUCCGAAAAGCGAAAGCGUAGUGUUUGCGUGUGAUGAUAGGAUUAAUCAAUAUAUAUUUAAUGAUAUUUUAUUGCAGUAG